UAGGUAACGGUACAUCUCUACAGUCGUGUGAAAGAAACAAGACUCACGCUGAAGUGUGUUAACAUCAUGAAGAUUGUGCAGCUUCACCUCUAUCUGCUCAUAUGGUGUGAAGCUGCGGAGACUUUAACUGAUCAACUUACAGAUUUGGGUCUAAAUGUGUCUAUAAACUGUGAUUUUGAUGUAAAGGAGGUUUAUUGGCUUUUACAGAAACUUCCAGAUUCUCCGGUUGGCAUAUUAUUCUCUUCCACAACGUCAUCUACUCAUUACUACAGUAAAGCUUUUAGGCAGAAAUAUUCAGUGCAAAGUAAUCAUCGCCUGUUCAUAAAUAAUGUCACUAUUGAUGAUUUAGGACUUUAUUACUGUGUGACCAAAGACGUUCCUCCAAAAUACAGCGACGGCACCAGAAUACACAUCAGCGAACCAACUCCGACUGCAGAGAUCCAGAAUCAGACAGCGGUGAAGAUCAUUGAGAGGAAUCAGACACAUUGGCAGAUUAUUAUCCUCAUAUCUGCUCUGUUGAACGCUGUUCUGAUCAUUGUGAUCAUAGGACUCUUAAAGAUAUUUGUUCAUGCAAGAAAUGAAGACGACUUGAAACAAUUUCACAGUACAGACCGACGAAAUCUUCAAGAUAUGGAUUUCGAACCUCAAGACUCAACACAAACACUGAUAUGUUACAUGAAAAUAUAAAGUAACACAAUAUGUCUUUGUCACAGAGCACUCAGCGAUGCCUCCUCCUGGUUGCAUCAGAUCUCUCUCAUGUGUACUAGGACUACAUUUCCCAUGAUCCUUCCCUGCUCAUCAUCUCCUGAUUAUCCCGUCUUCAUUGCAUUAGUAUCACCUGUGCCCCAUCAGCUCCCCUUUAUCUGGACUGUUCUGUUCAUUGUAAUUUUGUGAAGUCUUGAUUGACCCACUCUAUCUCUGACCUGUUUUCUCAUGCUUGCUUGUGUAUUUUGACUUGGACUCUGAACUAGUUUCUGAACUUUAGCCACGACCCCUGACCUCUUCCUGUUUAAACUACUAUUCUUGGAUUGCCCUUGUCUGUGAGCUGUUUUUGAGUUUUAUGUCUGCUGUUUUAUGCUGGCUCACCUGUAUUAAUAAAUUACUGCAGAUGGA